AUGACGACCCCGCCACCACCACCCCCACCCCCGCCGCCGCCGGCAACCUACGAGCCCGCCACGGGCGAGAACCACACAAACUUCCUCACCUGGUCGCGCGCACAGGGAAUCACAUUCCACAAGAUCACACCCGCCCGCUUCCAGCACGCCGGUCUCGGCAUCGCCUCCACCGCACCAAUCGCCGGCCCUGGCCCACGGCGCCCGAUCCCAGGUAGGCGCAACGAGGGGCCAGAGACGAUCGCAUUCACACCCACAGCUUCGCUGCUGACGCGGGAGAAUCUUGUUCAGUUUGCGCCGAGCCUGAAGGGGCGGGCGAGGCCGCUGCUGAAGGAGCUGGGGACGCAUGCGUGCUUUGCGGCUGCGAUUGCGGGCGAGAGGGGCAAUGGGAAGAAUGGGUGGGCGCCGUGGAUGAGGGUGUGGCCGGGGUUGGAGGAGUUUAGGGAGGGGGUGCCGCUGCUAUGGAAGGAGGAGGAGCAGGAGUUGUUGCCGCCGAGUGCGAUUUCAAUACUGGAUGCGCAGAAGAAAAAGUUUGGGGGGGAUUUCGAGAAGGUCAAGAAGUUGGGCUUUGAGUUUACUCGCGACGAGUACAUCUACGCUUGGCUCGUUGUAAACACCAGAAGCCUAUUCUACAAGCCAGACACCCCCGAAUAUAAAGAACUCACGCGCGAGCACUGUAUGGCUCUCUGCCCGUUCAUCGACUACUUCAACCACUCUGACGACGGCUGCAAAGUAGAGCUCUCCCCCCGCGGCUACACCGUCACCCCCUCCGCCGGCUCCAUCCCCGCCGACACCCAACUCUUCGUCACCUACGGCUGCCACUCCAACGACUUCCUCCUCUGCGAAUACGGCUUUCUGCUGCCCACGCCGUCCAACAAAUGGGACGAGGUCAGCAUCGACUCGUUCCUCCUUCCCGCGCUCAACGCUUCGCAGCGCAGCGUUCUCGAGGCAGAGGGGUUCCUGGGUGGAUACGUGUUUGACCGUAAUACGUUCUGCUUCCGCACGCAGGCGGCGGUCAGGAUGAUGCUGAUUAAGGACCCGGAGCACCCGAGGAGUAGGGCGAGGGUGGAGAGGUGGAGGAGGUUUUUGGUGGGGGAGGAGGAUGGCGAGAGGGAGAGGGAGGAGGUGGAGAGGUGGUUGGUGGGAGUGUUGAGGAAGUUGAGGGGAAGGGGACGGGUGGCAUGGGGGAUGGUGGAGGAUGUGGCGGGGGAGGGGGUGGCGAGGCUGGUGAAGGAGAGGUGGGAGCAGGUGUUAGCGAUGGUGGAGAGCGUGGGCGCUGAGAUUGGAGUGGAGGAUUGGGAGGAGGAGGAGGAGAAGUAG